AUGCGAGAUAAAAACGAGACGAUGGAAGUGUUGUUUCUGCUGCUGAAAUUUUCCGCGCGAUUACUGAUUGGCGCGUGGUUGUUGCGAAAGUACGUCGAGGAAAAAGUGUUUGGCGACGAGGAGAGGACGUGGGAUGAUGGGAUGAUGUCGCUUUGGUUGUUUUUGACGAGCGCAGUGGAGGCUUUGGUGAGAGCGAUUGAGAGUUGGAGAGAAGAGAAGUUGAAAAAAAGGAGAUGGUGCGAAACGUUCGUCUCUUUGGCGAUGGUGAAGAAAAAUGAUACAGACGACGAUGAAUACCUUACGAUUAAGAAAAUGGUAGAUAUCGCGAGAGCGAAGAUCAUAAAGAAGGAAAGCGUCGGUGAAGUACUUCUCAGCGCGAGUUUUAUGGUCGCGUGCGCGGCGAUUUUGGCGCUUUCCGCGAGCAAAGGCGAAGCGUGGCAGGGGGUGUACGUUACCGCAAUUUUAAUGUUAGAGAUAUUCGAGAGACGCUUCUUUAUCGCGCGAUUUGUCAUGAAACACAGAAGAAGAAGAUCUUGGCUGCAAUACGUCUGCGACGAUAACGAACAACAAACGAUUCCUAAAAUUGCCGUGGGCGCUUUCGCAAACUCGCCGGGCGAUGAAAUAUACAUCGUCGGUAAAUAUCGCGACCAACUCUUCGAUCGGAUCGUCGACGGCACUCAUCAGAUUAUUCACAAUAAAAAAUACAGCAGUGGCAGUAGCAACAUCAACGACUACUUCGAUCGCUAUUUUCCUCCAACCUUUACGGAUCAUCAUAUCAAGGAAGGGAUGGUAUAUAUCACCGAGGGGAAAACGUGUCCUCGUUUCUUGUGUUUCUCAAAGGAAGAGGUUUUAAACAACAUCCUCGCGUUUACCAAAGAAGAAGAAGAAGAAGACGUCGAUGAUGCUUCAAAUGAAAUCAACUUGAGAGCAAAGAUAGCAAACGGAUUGUUGACGUCUUUGAUGAUGACACCCGGCGGAACUGUGAUGACGCGGAGUGAAAUUUUGCCUUCGACGCCGACGGAGAGAAAUAAUAAAAGGACAAAGAAGGAAAAAGACCUCGACGUAUAUAACGUUGGCGUAUUGUUCAACACCACGCCGCGAAAACGUAACAAAACGACGCUUUUGCAUAAUAUCGAUAGCAUUGGCGUAGGGAGAGCGUUAGUGUCCGGAAGACACUUUGUCUUUCUUAGAAAUCCACCGGCGUCGAUCGUUUCAGACCCGAAAAUAGCACACUUUUUCGCCUCGAAAACGUGCGUUUUUACCACAAACGAUCUCGUUUUGUUGAAGAAAAAUACGCGCGUCGUCUUUGCAAAUACGCAACGCGGUACCGGUGUUUCGUACAUUGGCACGUUUGCUUCUUUACUCACGGAAAAAAACUUCGGUAGCGAGCUCGCGAAAACCUUUUUUUCUCGAGAACGGGCGGAAAGAGAAGAAAGAGAUGAUGAGAUGUAUGCCGAACCUGUCGCGAAGAUUGAAACCGCGUGCUAUCGUCUGCUACGCUGUUGUCGCAAAGGUAUCCUGCCUAGCAUGGAAAGAAUCUUGGAUAGUAAUAAUCGAGCAACAUUCCUGGCGUUCUCUGCGAUGAUCCUCUCGCUGAUUUUGAUCGCGGCUAUAAACGCACAAAGCAUAUUCAUCGACUCGACGGCUUUUAUCGUCUCCGUGUUCGCUCCAAUUUUUCUGUGCGUCCUAGUAGACUUAGCGUACACUAAAACGUGGAUAUGGAGCAUCUUCACCGAACGAAAAAUGUUUUAUAAAACAGUCGCUUUCGGUAAAAAAAUACACGAUGGAAUCGAAGAGAUUAUUUACUCUGGAUUUUCUUUUCGCUUCAAAGCAAUCCUCGACGACGCGGCGAAGGAGUACUGUGCAGAGAACACCGCAAUUCUCCACGAAAUCGUGGUAAAAACUGUCGUGAUUCUUUCAUUCUUUGUUUUGAUGAUUGCAUCUAACGUCGCUUUCUUUGAAACUGAAGAUUUUACAAUCGAAGACGACCGCAUUCGAACGAAUCGAGCGGCGUCGACUUUCUUCGCGCUGGUCGUCGCGCGAGACUCCAUGUGCUCUUUUCUCGAAAAUCUCUCGAAAAACUCCGUUUCGAUGCACCAGGUUGCCAGGAUGAGAAGCGCAUAUGAGGCGAGAAAGAACGAAACGAGACUUCCAAAGAAUUUGCGCAGAACGCGCUCGAUGAUUUAA